AUGGACAAUUCUUUCGUCGCUAUUUGGAAUUUGAUCCUCGUCCUCUUCAUUUUUCAAGGAUGUCACGCUUCAAGAGUGUUUCAUUUACAACAUGUUUUUUAUGAAAAUGUGAUUUAUCGUCAAAGAUUAUUCGGAAAAUUCCUUCACAUAACGGAUCUUCACGUUGAUCCAUAUUAUCUUGAAUCAAGCGACCCAACAUCGUUUUGUCAUCGUUAUUCACCGAAUUCAAUACUAAACAUUGCCGGAAAGUUCGGUAUAUUAUCGGCACCAUGUGAUUCACCUUACCCUUUGACGAAUUCUACUUUUGAAUUUAUGCGGUCGAACUUUAAAGAUAUAGACUUUAUCGUAUAUACUGGUGAUUCCGUUAGGCAUGAUAAAGAUAAAUCAUUUAAGCGAACCGAAGAACAGGUCUUGGAUGGCCAUAAAAGAGUUGUGCAAUUUCUUCUAAAGUAUAUCGAUCUAUCAAGAAUUAAAUUUAUGCCAUCGCUCGGAAAUAAUGACGAAUUCGAACACAAUCGAUUAGUUGAAGGACCAAAUGAUUUGUUUAGCAAUUUAACUCAAAUAUGGGCACCUUUGAAACUGAAUUUAACUUCGGACUUUCUUAAUGGAGGAUACUAUCGUCAAGAUAUUCAUCGCAAAUUCUCUGUACUUAAUCUCAAUUCCAUGUAUUUUUACAAAAAGAAUAAAUUACUACGUGAUUGUGAUAUAAUGGAUAGCGCCGGUGCAUUACAACUUAAAUGGUUAGAACGUGAAUUAAAAAAUGCGCGUGAUGAAGGACGGAGGAUUUAUAUUUCACAACAUGUUCCUCCGCUGGAAGAUACUAGACACACUGAUAAAGAUAGUCUAGCAUUCGUUACUGCCAAUGAAAACGAAGAUACAUAUUCGAUAAUUGCCCUGAACGAAACACACAUUCUAUCUAAAAUUGCCACAAAUAAUAUUGUAUUGGCUUUAACAAAUGCUCCAUCAUUAAAACCAACUCAUAAUCCAGCAAUAAGACAAUAUGCGUAUUCAACAAGAAAUUGGGAUUUUGGUUCAUUAAAAGAUUACAAACAAUACUUUGUAAAUCUAACGGAAGCAAAUGAGAUUGGUGAAGCUAUAUGGAGACUUGAAUAUAAGGCUAGUAAGACUUAUGGGAUGAAUUCUUUGGGAGCAGAAGAUUGGGCCAGAGUUUUGAAAGAUUUUCAAGCACCCGAUAGUGAUACUUGGAAGUU